AUUCAUUCCAAGUUUUCAGUUCCGUUGAAGUGGAGGUGUGUGUGGAUGGCUGACGCAUCAGAAAUUGGAAGCCGGAAUUUUAACUUCAGAAUAAUUGUUAAUUGUAGUGCGAAUUUUCAGGAUUACUAGCAAAAAGUCGUUAGAUUUUUUAUUAGAAUUGCCGGUUGCAGAGAACCGGCUCUAAUAGUGACAUACGAACAGUUCGAUAACGAAAGUGCUUGUGACAACAAAACCAAACAAAUUGUUUGUUGUAAGUGAAGAGGAAAUGAGCAAUUUAAUAAGGAACAGAAAGCAGAUACUAUCGUGAAAGCUCAAUGUCAAUAUCCCAGCUGGAUGCCAGUCUGGUGGAGAAAGCCAUCGGAUUCCAUGGGUUACCAUUGCAAAAAAUCUGGGAAGGCGAACGGGGCGAUGCCGAAUUGUCAUGCCUUGGGAUUAUCAAUCCGGAUUAUACGGUGUAUCAGUCCCGCCAGAAGACACUCACCUUUCAGGACCGCGCAAAACGAUUCAAAUUGCAUCAAUUUCUUUCAAAGAAGGCAGAAUUCCUGUAUGAUAGUGCACUUGUAACAGUCACAGCAAAAGAUCGUUUAGAACGAAAACGAGGUGGAGAGUUUCAGCAGAAUGAAAAAUUUGUCAUUCCGCCGCUCGAUACAUUUAUGGAUACGGAUGUUAACAACAAAAUUACUCAUUUUUUAGAGACGACAAGACCGGGCGAUGUCGUGUAUGGAGUCGUGCUCAAUAGAUCGCCGCAAGGAGUCAUUUUCAAAGUACUUUAUUCAGUCGGAAAUACGUGUUGUUUCGUCAACAGCAGCUCGAUAAAGGCGUAUGUGGCAAACAAUUACUUGAUACCAAUAACCGAUCGCAACGGUACCCCGAGGAAUUUCACCGCCAAUGAUUUGAUUUGUUGUGAAGUAGCCGAUGCGCAACCGGACGCUAGGAAACUAAUAUGCACAAUGCAGCGUAGUAUUCUCAGUCGUUCGCCAAUUUCGAUCAGUUACGGAAUUAUCUCGGCAGAGGAUUUACCGUUGUCAUACAAUUUUGCAGCAGCAAAGGACGGAAAACCUUACGAGUACUAUUUAAGGAAAUCGCCGUCUUUCAAUGAUCCUCGAGGAGUGGAAACUUUGAUGCAAGAGUUUGGCCUAAGUGCAACUGAAUUUUACACAAAUAUGUCAGGAUUGAAGGGGAAAUUUCCCCAAGGUGAAUAUUCUGGUGAACUUCGCAACACCCAGGCCAGUAAAUGGGCGUUUAGAUCCGUUGCGGAGGGCAUCGAGCACUUCAAGGAAGGACGCCAUUCAGAGGCGUUCCAGUGUUUAAAUAAAGCGCUAAGUAUUGAUGCGCGAAAUGUUGAAGGUUUGGUGGCACGUGGCGCAUUGUAUGCCAACAGUGGUUCUUUUAAGAAAGCCGUGGAUGAUUUUGAGAUGGCACUGAAGAUUAAUUCGUCCCAUGCUAAUGCGCGGAAGUACAUGGGAGAAACGUUGGUUGCACUGGGUAGAAGCUACGAGGAGGACAGUCGUUUUGAUGACGCCAAGAAAGCAUACCAAGACUGUUUAAAUAUUAUACCUACGCACGAGGAAGCGCAGAAUUCGCUGGAGUUUCUUAAAACGAAAACGUUUUCCAAGCAAAUUGUUGCUCCCAAUGAGCUGGAACUGCCAGUUCUUCACAUCCCCAAGCCGCCGUCGCAUGAUCGUAGCAAGCAAGCGAACAACAGCAACAAGCAGGAACCCGACACUUCCGGUGUCAGUGGAUCGAAAGGUGAUGGACCCGAGUCCCGGAAGGAGAAGAAGAGCUCCAAAAAGCAGGAGAAGAAAAAGCGCCACAAGAAACAAAGCACCUCUAGCGAUUCGAGCUCAGAUUCAGAUUCAAGUGAAUCGAGCAGCGGCUCGGAAAGCAGCAGCAGCAACUCUUCGUCUACUUCGGAUUCGUCGAGAUCGUCGCGAGCAAAAAAGCGCAACAAGCGGAGCAAAAGUGUUAAGAAACCAAAAUCACUUUCCCCGCUCAGCAAACGUAUGUCGGCAGGAAUGGGAAACGAUAGUCGUGCCACCGAUGGAUUAUUUUUACUGACCAAUCAUCCUGCUACGGCUGGGCAUUCGUCCGCCGGAGCGGACGAGUAUGAACAGAAGGUUCGCAAGUUUCUUGAUAUUCCUCGUGACGAGGAUAACUACGAAGAGAAGGUACGGCGUUUUGUAGCGGAAGCUGCAAAGUAUCAAAAAGAACGUAAAGCUCAGGAGGAUAAGACAAAAAAGAAAAAGAAGAAGGAUGACAAAAAGCUGAAAAAGGACAGCAAAAAGAAGCGCAAAUCUGAGGACAAGAAACGUCUGAAGAAAAAGGAUAAAGAUGACGACGUAUUGAACAACGAAAAACUCAAGGAAGCCCUCAAAAUAUUUGAAAAUUUUCCCGUCCUGGAUGAGCUUGGCUCAAAACUGUCUGAAUACUAUUCGAAAAAGGAUGUCUCCAGUGCGGCAGGCCCCAGUGGUAUAGCAGGCGUUAUGUCGUCUUUGCUCAGUAAAAAUGCUAAAAAAGAAUCGCUUAAAGCGGAUAAAACGGCAUCGAUGAAAGCAAACGAGCGCCCCGACAAAGACGGCAAGUGGCGCAUGAUGUUCAACAAAGAUGAAAGAUCCGCCAAGGAACAGCCGUCUUCAGCACGGCCUACCGUUCCGAAACAAUACGCGUUUUCAAAUGAAUCGGACGAAGAGAGCGGUGCACUUGGAGUAUUUCAGAUGCAACAACAUCAGCAACAGUUGCAACAAAAAGCAAACCUUAGGAUAAGACGCAGGCAGAUCAGUCCGGAUAAAUCAAAAUCUAUUUCACAGAUGGCUCCAGUGAAAUCUGGACCGGUUGUUCUCGAUAAAUUUGGUAAUUUCAGAUUGGCAAAUGCGGAUGACGCCAAACCACCGGAGCCUACUGGGCCGCCACAACGCUCACGAAGCAGAUCACGUGGAAAUCGAUAUGGCGGCAGUUCAAGUCGAUCGCGAUCGCAAAGCAUGAAACGUCGGUCCCGUUCCGGAAGUUUUCGGCGUCGCUUCAGCCGUUCAAGAUCACGUUCGUUCAGUCGUUCUCGAUCACGGUCUUAUUCAAGAAGUCGAUCUCGUUCGCGUAGUUUUGAGCGUCGUCGUUUUCAUAACCGUGGUUACCGUGGUCGAGGUGGUAAUUUUUACGAUAGGCCUUUCGGAAACCGGUUUGGCUAUCAUCAUAAUAAUAAUAGAGGUGGAUUCAUGAAUCGCCGGGGUGGUUUCCAAAAUUUCCGUGAAAACUACCAUCGUGGUGGGUAUCGUGAUCGACCAUUUCGACCACGGUUUCGCGGUGGGGGAGGUGGUGGUGGCGGAGGACACCAUAGAUUUCAGCGCUCCUACACUCGCAGUGACAGUAAAUCGCCGGACCGUUUCGAAACCAGUCCGAAUGAUCGUCAACGUAGAGACAGGAACCAGGACCGUUCACGUUCCAACAGCAAUGAUAAGGGAUCCAGUGACCGCGACUCUUCGGUACCCAAGGAACGAGAUUCUUUAAAGGUAAAGGAAAAGAAAGAAACAAAGACUAGUGCAGAAACUUCAGUACAGCAAGCCGAUGAACGGUGGUCGGAUAAUGAAAAAGAUCCACCUCCGCCGGGAGCAGAUCUUUCAGGAGAUGAUUCGGACCGUAAAGGGACAUAAGGAAAAAUGAAACUGACUCAUAACUUUUGUAGUUUUUAGUAUUUUCAAUAUUUGGAAUGAAUGAUUCACAGCAUUGUUUUGAAAUAUUAUGUAUAAUAUUGAUAUAAUGCAUCUUAUAUCGUUUCCUUAAUAUAGCAACAAUAAAAAGUACUAAAAUAUCCAA